AUGGCUAAAAGGAAGCACCUGCUGUCUGCAGCACGACUUCUGUUACCCACGGUUGGCCUGAUCCUUAUCUGUGUUGGUGCUUACAUUAAGUCCAUCCAAAAUGAAAAUCUGCUUGACCUUAUGGAUGUUUCCACUUAUCUUUUUAUCAUUCUGGGCUUCAUCCUUCUUGUCAUUGGAGUUUUAUGGUCUGUGGGUCAUGGAAUGAAAAAUGUGUGGCUCAAACGUAGAGAAUGGAGAAACCAAAAUGCUGAUAUACAGGUUUUUACUGUGGACAGGUGCUACAACUAUCCACCAUCAUAUGAGGAAUCUGAAGUCAGAAACAAUGUUGUCGACGGAAUCACUCCCAUCAUUCUCAUUCCCACUGGCAUACGAUGGCCUGGCUCUGCUCCUCCCGUGUAUACUGAGAGUUGCUAUGAAACAUUUAGCGAGGACUACAGUCAUGAGGAACCACCCAACUACCAGCAAGUUAUUCUGCAAUGUCAAAGUCUUCCAGAGGCUGCCUGUCCACCCAGAAAUAGUUUUUCAGAGCCAUUUUAA